AACAGUGCAACGGCUGUUGCGCGCCAAUUGAGGACAGAAGGUUUCCAACUUUGAACACUGCUCGAGAUCUAAACAUGUGGCGAGUCUUCAGGGUCGUAAGCGUUAUUCUUGGAGUUUUUGUUCUGCCUUUUGUUUUGGGCAAAGCUAAGCACAAGCUUCAGCGCGAAAUACCGGAUUCUGCAAAGGUAUUCGGAGGAUUUCAGAGUGGCCUAGCACUAUUCGACAUUGACGAGGAUGGUGACCUUGACUGUGUGUCUACUGUUCAAGAAGAUUACGACGAGAGUGUACCCAGCGUAACAUACGUGUGGCUCCUCAAAGGCAUAAACGGACACGAAGCGCGAAACAUAUCCUUUUAUGUCCGCUCCGGCGACGCCCCUGACGAGUUUUUGUUCAAGGACAAAAAUGAUAACAAACCUCUUCAAACUGGUAGAUACAUCUAUUCGGACUACAAGGACUGCCUCAUUUUAGAAAUGCCUUACCAAAACUCGCAAGAAUGCAUGUUAUGGAUAUCUUGGGAAGUAAAGGACAACAUACCGAAAAUCUGCACUGAUUACUUCGAAGACAACUGCGAAGACUCAAAGAUCUCAUACGACGAAGCUACAUGCAGCCCCUUCUUUCAGCAAAAAAAAUGA